AUGUUACCGUUGCGUUUGUUGAACAGUGAGCUUGAUGUUGCCAUUCCAGUCCUUGGCUGUCUCUUUAGCAUUGUCUUCUCCGAUCUUCUUUGGGGAGAGACCCAAAGGACUGAUCUUGGGUGGGAGCGAACUGGCCGCACCAACCUUGGUGUCUUCUCCAUUAAUCCUGAGCACAACAAUAGUCUUGUUGGAAUUGUCAAGCCCACUUCACAAACAAAACAAAACAAACGAACGAUCGAUUACUUAAUUCUCAUAUCAUAUGAGUGA